AUGGAAACAACUCCUCUUCUACCGGCGUAUAAGGCCCCCGGGGCCAAAUCCCGCAAGAAGAAGACCAAGCUGGUCGUUAAACAAAACACCAAACUCGACACUUUUGAGGGUGUGUUUCUUCCCACCUCGCUCAAUGUGCUCUCCAUUUUGAUGUUCUUGCGUUUUGGCUUCAUUAUUGGCCAGAUGGGCAUCAUGGGCACCAUUUUACUCUUGGUGAUGUCGUACGUCAUCGAUAUUUUGACGGUCAUGUCGGUCUCUGCCAUUUCAACCAACGGAACUGUCAAAGGUGGAGGUGCUUACUAUAUGAUCUCGAGGUCGUUGGGCCCUGAGUUCGGUGGGGCUAUCGGCAUUAUAUUCUUUAUUGGCCAGAUCUUGAAUUCCUCAUUGAAUGUGGUGGGUUUCAUCGAGCCACUUCUCGUUAACUUCAAUAAACUUGACGGUGACAUUAUGACGCUUCUUCCCGUAUCUUACUUGUGGCAGGUGGUGUACCUGACCAUCUUGCUUGCAUUUUGUACGGGCGUGGCAAUGGUUGGGUCGUCGCUUGUGUCGAAAACGGCACUUUGGCUCUUCAUCAUUCUUACCCUUAGUACGCUCUCCAUCCCAGUAUCUGCCAUUUUUGCUUCUCCUGGAUACCCUCUAGCACCUCCUUACGAUAAUUUGAAGUAUACGGGAAUCUGCUGGGAAACCAUCAAAGAAAAUCUUUGGCCUCAUUUUACCAGUGGAGCUGCUGGGUCCAUGCAACCUCCUGGAGUGCCUGAAACAUUCAAGAACUUGUUUGGCAUAUUUUUCCCUGCCACUGCUGGUAUAUUUGCAGGUGCUUCCAUGUCUGGGGAACUUAAAAACCCCUCUAAAUCUAUUCCUCAGGGCACUUUGAAGGGUCUUUUGGCUAGUUUCAUUUUAUAUCUCUUGGUGAUUUUAUCGUUGGGUGCAUCUACACCAAGAGAACUUCUCCAUAAGGAUAUCAAGAUCAUCCAGUCGGUCAACUUGAAUGGACUCAUCAUCAUAUUGGGUGAGGUGUCGACAUCUCUUUUUUCGGUGAUUAUGGGUGUGGUUGGUGCUGCGUCCAUGCUUAAUGCCAUUGCAGAUGAUAAGAUCAUCCCUGGUCUCACGAUCUUCUCCAAAGCAAAGAAAUCAGUCUCUGAGAAGCGCAGAGCCGAAAUCUACAGUAUAAUCUUCACCUGGUUCUUAGCCCAGGUGUUCUUGUUUGCAGACAUCAACCAGAUUGCAACCUUCAUUACCAUGGCAUUCUUGAUGACCUUCUUGGUGACUAAUUUGGCAUGUUUUUUGUUGAAGGUGGGCUCUGCGCCAAACUUCAGACCUUCCUUCAAAUACUUCAAUUCCAAAACUGCUUUUACGGGUGGUCUUGUGUCUGUGUUGGCCAUGUACUUGGUGGAUGGUGUUUCUGCUACGUCUGUGAUCAUAUGCUUGGUUUUCCUCAUUUUGAUGAUUCACUAUUCAACCCCUCCGCUGAAAUUUGGUGAUAUCUCGCAGUUGCUCAUCUACCACCAAGUUCGGAAGUACUUGCUUCGACUCAAGUUGCAAAUGAGCGUGAAAUACUGGAGACCGCAAAUUCUUUUGCUAUGUGAUGAUCCUCGAACAUCUUGGAACUUGAUCGGUUUCUGCAAUCAUUUGAAGAAAGGUGGCUUGUACAUUUUGGGUCAUGUUGUAAUUUUGAAAGAUGAUGCUUCACAGCUGAAGGAUGAAGUCCUGGAGUUUAGCAUUCAGUCCUUCAAAGAGGUGAAGAAGCAAAAGAAUGCAUGGGUAAAACUUAGAGACUUGGCUAGAAUCAAGGCAUUUGUGCAAAUUGCAAUUGGCCCAUCGCUUCCUUGGGGCGUCCGGAAUGUUUUCUUGGGUUCGGGCUUGGGAGGCAUGAAACCAAACAUCACGGUUCUUGGGUUCUAUGACUUCCACAAACGUGGUGUCGGACUUCCCAUUUAUCCAACUAGCCUGAAUCUUCAGUUGCCUACCGAUGACUGUCGUAAGGAGCAGAAGGUUUCCAUCCAGCAAUGGGUGCAAAUCGUGGAAGAUUUGGUUAUUAUGCAAGCCACAGUAGCAGUAGCUGCCAACUUCAGAAAGUUCGACUUACCUAUCUGUGAUGGCAAAUGGUUCAGGAAAGGACCUGGAAAGGAUAGUACGAAGUGCAAGUACAUCGACUUGUACCCAAUCCAGAUGUCGUCCAUUUGUUUGUUGGAAGACGGAAAGUCUGUUUUAUCCACCAACUUCGAUACUUACACUUUGAUUUUGCAAUUAGGUUACAUUUUGUCGACUGUUGAUGAAUGGAAAGAGAAUGGAUACAAGCUUCGUAUCAUUGCGUUUGUCGAGACAAAGAGCGAGGAGGAGGAUGAAAGAAUAAGAUUGACCGCACUCCUCGAGUCGUUACGUAUUGUUGCUGAACUCAAGAUUGUUUGUUUCGAGGAUGGCUUUAACACUUCCUACAAUUUCAUUGUGAAAGGCUACACUGUUACGCAGGAGAAUAAAAGAUGGUUCACCAAUAUCAAUAAUUGCUUACUGGAAGAUCAGUGGUGGAACAACUUGGUAGAAGCCAGACAAACGUUGAAGGAAAUAGAAACGCAGAAGCUGAAGAGAAAGAGUGCUGAAUUUGGCAAAUCGAAGGCUAUCGGAAUUGGAGGUGAGGAUUACAAGUUUGACCCGGUCGGCUUGACAUCUAAAAGCCCAACAGAGGGUCGGGGCUUAGGAAGGUCUCUUAGAAACAGACGCUAUACCCUCUCCAACCUCCACGAACAAGGUCUUUCGUUGUCUUUGAACAUGAAUGCGCAAGGUGGAGGUCAAUUUUUCAAGUAUGAUGAUACCGGUGAUUCCAGCAGUGAGAGUGACAGCGAAAGGGAUUAUAACACUAGUGAAUUUCCAAGUGAAGCAGUGAGUGAGUCCUCCAGCAUCAUUAACUCUGAGGACAGCAGUGCUCCCUCCAAUUCUGUCGUGACCAAUGUUGUUCCGGCACCAACAAUACCUUCAGCAGUUCAGGAUAGAAUUCCACCAAGUGCCAAUGCAAAGACUGCCAUGAACCCCGCACUCAAGGCCAAGUAUCUCAGUACAAUAGACACAAAGUCGUCAGAUCUGAUAUCAAUUAGGUCUUCGAGAUCUAAUCUUCGUCCCAACUUCCUGGCUGUCAAGAUUCCGGAAUCCAAAGUCAGAAAUGACGAAGAUGACGAGGAAGAAGGCGAAGAGGAGAAUGAUGACGACGAUCAAGCCGAAGAGAAUAAACCUUCUAUUGCAUUUGUUGAAGAUGGAGACAAGGAUGAUGAGGGUGAGGAUGAUGAGCUGGAUGAGGUCACUGUGGAGUUCGUUGAAGAAGAGACAGUUGAACAACUCAAGGAGGGAGAGUACGAGGUAUCUAAGAUGGAAAAGAUUAGGAAGUUGGAGGCUAGUGUGAACUCACAAACGAGACCAUCUGCAAAGAGGGGCCCAUCCGGUUACUUCGAUCUUCCAACUGAUCCUACCGCUGGUGUACGUUCGCCUAUCAUCACCAACGAUGGCAUCAAUCGCUCACAUUUCGUGGAUGACGACGACGUAUCUCCAACAGGACAACCCAGACAAGUUGACCCUGAAACUGAGCUGAAGUCUGAGAAGAUAACCUACAAGCAGCUCCAGCUGGAAUUGCUGGGCCUCACUUUCAAUGACUUACCAGCUAAGGGCCAGCAUAUCAUCUUAAAUGAGCUCAUGAAGAGUAUCUCACCUAAGCAUGAGACAGCGGUGAUUUUCUCCACAUUACCUGCGCCAGUUAUCGGGACACAUUUGGACGCAGAUGAGUCUUUUGACUACACCAACAGUCUUGCAAUCUGGUUGGACGAUUUGGCUCCAGUGAUGUUGGUGAACUCUCAGACUGUGACAGUUACUACAGCCUUAUAA